AUUAACACCUAACCCCGGAAGUCGACGCCAUAACCAUUCCAUCGCCGUCUCUUUCUUCCUCUCAUCUCCACCUCAUAACGCAGACCCACUGUGAUAUCCAGAUCCAGAACACACGGUCAGAGAAAAACGGAAGACAGAGACUGCUUCCAUUCUCGCUCAGACAUCUUUUUCAGUGCCUGUAACAGUUCCAGUACCCCACAGUUUGUGAUCUUCCUUCUCUGGAUUCCACGUUCUUUCAGUUCAGUUUCACUCGACUUAUACUGUUUUUCAAUUCCUGUUUUUAUUUUUCUCUACUUGUUGCAUGAUUCUAGCUGGAAUUCGGUUUUCUGUUCUUGUUUAGCCUAGUUUCUAUGUUUCUGCUUUGGAUUUGUAACAGAGGAUCGGUUUGGUGUAAAUUUCUGGACGGAAGUUUCUAUCUACUCAACCAUUUGCUCCGUUUCUUCGGUCUACGUUGAAAUGGUCAAGUUUGACUUCGCGGUUUUCGAUUUGUUUUCAAUUGCGUUAGUGUAGCUAGAAGAGGAGAAACCAAGUUCCAAUCGUAUUUACGGGAAUCGAAGCUGGAACUUCCUCUGCCUCCACAUCGUAACGAGUAUUAUCGUGGUUGUGAAGAUUUUUUCGGAGGCCACAAACAUUCCUUGAGGUUGAUUGUAGAAUAUUCGAAGCUGAGAUUAAAGAUCAUUGAGGAGGCAGGGCAGUGAGGUUCUGUCGGCCCUACUGCUGCAUAAGGUCCUAACAUCACUUGUUAUUGAAGGUUUACGGCGUUGAAGCAAGAGGAGACGGCGAGAAAUGGGCGCUGGUGGUGGCGAAGAGCUAAUAAUGGAAGAGACAAGUGGGCGUGAAGAGAGAAUUUUGGUAUCAGUUCGUCUGCGCCCUUUGAACGAGAAGGAGGUUUCAAGGAAUGAGGUCUCGGAAUGGGAAUGCAUCAACGACAACACUGUUAUAUUCCGGAAUGCGCUUUCGCUGGCUGAACGCUCCGUGUAUCCAUCCGCGUAUACAUUUGACAGGGUAUUCGGUUGCGAUUGCUCGACACGGAAGGUCUAUGAGGAGGGUGCCAAGGAAGUUGCUCUUUCCGUUGUCAGUGGACUUAACUCAACUAUUUUUGCUUAUGGACAAACAAGCAGUGGGAAAACGUACACCAUGAGUGGAAUUACCGAUUACGCUAUGGCAGAUAUAUAUGACUACAUAAAGAAGCACUCGGAGAGGGAAUUUCUUUUGAAAUUUUCUGCCAUUGAGAUAUAUAAUGAAUCUGUGAGGGACCUCCUUGGCUUAGACAACACUCCCCUUAGACUCCUGGAUGAUUCAGAGAGGGGAACCACGGUUGAGAAACUCACAGAGGAAACUCUGAGGGACAGGAAUCAUUUUAAACAACUUUUAUCUCUUUGCGAAGCUCAAAGGCAGAUAGGGGAGACAUCUUUGAAUGAAGCAAGCUCCAGAUCUCAUCAGAUUCUUAGAUUGACAAUUCAGAGCUCAGCUCGUGAAUUCUUAGGCAACGGCAAGUCGAGUUCUCUCACAGCUACCGUGAAUUUUGUCGAUCUGGCUGGAAGUGAACGUGCAUCUCAGUCGUUAUCAGCUGGUGCACGUCUGAAAGAAGGUUGUCACAUAAAUCGUAGUUUGCUUACUCUUGGGACUGUUAUUCGUAAGCUCAGUAAGGGAAGAAAUGGACAUAUUCCUUUCAGGGAUUCGAAGUUAACUCGUAUAUUGCAAUCUUCCUUGGGAGGCAAUGCUAGAACUGCGAUCAUCUGUACCAUGAGCCCUGCUCAAGUCCAUGUUGAGCAAUCAAGAAACACACUCCUUUUUGCCAGUUGUGCUAAAGAAGUUGUUACUAAUGCUCAGGUAAACGUAGUUGUGUCUGAUAAGGCUCUAGUGAAACAAUUGCAGAGAGAAUUGGCAAGAUUGGAAAGGGAGUUAAGAAGCUCUGGACAAACUUCUGAAAGACCCGAUAUCACAUUAGUUAGAGAAAAAGAUCUCCAGAUUGAGAAGCUCAAAAAGGACUUAAGUGAGCUUACCAUGGAACGAGACCAUGCUCAAUCUCAGGUCAAGGAUCUGCUUAAAAUGGUUGAAGAGGAUAAAUCUUCAAUGCCAUCGCCAGAUUUGGAUGAUCAGUACCCAAGAUUACGGGCGCGGUCUUCCUGGGACUUCGAUAGUCGCCCAUCUGAGACAACAGUAAUGAUAGAUUCUCAAAUCCUGGGUGAUGUUUCUGGAUCUUUUGAUGCAUCUCAGUAUUCAGGUGGACAGAGCACUAGUUCUGAUGAUCAUUUUGUGCAUCUUGUUGAAGUUAAAAAGGACGUCCUGCUAGGUAAAUCCCCUCCACAAGUAUCCUCGAUAGUUCCCUCUUUGGUUGAUACCCAAUCAUAUACGGAGGAGGUAGAAGAACUGCCCUGUGAGAACUCCGAGGAUAUCUGCAAGGAAGUGCGAUGUAUUGAGAUGGAAGAAUCAAGUAUGAAUAGAUACUUAGUUUCUACCACGUCAGAUUCUAGCCCAGAAAGAUAUGUUGAUUCUACCACUCCGUCUCCUGUACCGAACACAACAACCUCGAACGUAGCUGAUAAAGAGCAAAGUAACAAAUGGAAAUUAGAAUCAUACCCUGCAGAAGAAGAUAGCAAGCCUAACAACUUCAGUCCCUUCUAUGUAAUCCCAUCACCAGAGAAACCUUCUCCAUGGAAUAUAGAGAAAAAUAUGAGUAAUUCUGGACGAUUAAAUCCAAUAGAAUCAUACCCUGCAGACGAAGAUAGCAAGCCUAACAACUUCAGUCCCUUCUAUGUAAUCCCAUCACCAGAGAAACCUUCUCCAUGGAAUAUAGAGAAAAAUAUGAGUAAUUCUGGACGAUUAAAUCCAAUAGAAUCAUACCCUGCAGACGAAGAUAGCAAGCCUAACAACUUCAGUCCCUUCUAUGUAAUCCCAUCACCAGAGAAACCUUCUCCAUGGAAUAUAGAGAAAAAUAUGAGUAAUUCUGGACGAUUAAAUCCAAUAGAAUCAUACCCUGCAGACGAAGAUAGCAAGCCUAACAACUUCAGUCCCUUCUAUGUAAUCCCAUCACCAGAGAAACCUUCUCCAUGGAAUAUAGAGAAAGAUAUGAGUAAUUCUGGACGAUUAAAUCCAACUAGGAGUAGAAGUUGUAAUGGCAGUCUUAUGAGAACCUUAUCUACAGAGAACAUCAAGGAAAUCCAGAGCACACCACCAAUUUGGUUUGGAGAAGACUUCAUAGGGAGACCUGAGAGUUUCCGUGCUCCAUUGAAAUAUGAUGUUGAGACUGAGAGGUCGUCAGUAACUUAUUCUCAAACUUCCCAGAUGAGUGCUUCCAUAGACGAGCAUUGUGAACAGAAUCUUGAUGUUUUAGAAGACGACAAAAGUGAUGCGACCACUCCAGCUACAGACCUAGAACAUGACCAGAUAUCCAACCUUGAGAGAAUAAAUCAACUUCUUGAUAUAACAACGCAGAUAUCCAACCUUGAAAGUGAAAAGCAUCUUCUUGAUGCAGCGGCGCUUGGGGAUAAACCAAAGCCCUUCGAACCUGCGAAGAACGUGGAAGACGUCGGCGUGGAUCCAAUCCAUAAUGACGCGAUAAGUCCUUCAGAAUGGCCUUCGGAAUUCAGAAGGCUUCAAAAGGACAUAAUUGAACUGUGGCAUAUUUGUAAUGUCUCAUUGGUGCAUAGAACCUACUUUUUCCUUCUAUUUAAAGGUGGUGAUCCAGCUGAUUCUAUUUACAUGGAGGUAGAGUUCAGGAGACUAUCCUUCCUCAGGGACUCAUUUUCUCAGGGAAAUCAAACCGUGGAAAAUGGCCAAACACUGACACCAGCAUCGAGUCUGAAGGCGCUUCACCGGGAGAGGCAAAUGUUGUGCAGAGAAAUGCAGAAGAGGCUCUCAAGGAAACAAAGAGAGGCCCUAUUCACAGAAUGGGACAUUGAAUUGGAUUCUAACAACAGGAGAUUGCAAUUGGUUCACCUUCUAUGGAAUGAUACAAAAGAUAUGGAUCACAUAACAAAAAGCGCAACCGUUGUUGCAAAACUUGUUAACUAUGUAGAACCAGAUCAGGCCUCCAGAGAAAUGUUUGGUCUUAAUUUCACUCCACGCCACAAUGCUCGAGCGAUCCCCUCCUUGGAGACAAAGAGUGAAGGUUGUUUCAUAAUGUAAGCUUCUCCCUAAUUGUUGUACAGAUUAUGUUGUAUUCUUUGAUCCUUACUUGGAUAUUUCUAUGUUACUCGAUCCAUAUCCAUUAUUAAUUUAAUUGUAAGGAAUGUGCCACUACGUGGACUUAUUCAUUAUUCAUUGUGUAAUUUUUUUUA